AUGAAUGUGGGAAAGAACAAUAACAGUUACCUACAGGCAUUCGUCCUGGUGGGCUUUUCUGAUCGGCCUCAACUGGAGAUAAUUCUCUUUGUUUUUAUCUUACUCUUCUACAUCCUGGCCCUGGUGGACAACAGUGCCAUCAUCCUCUUAUCGAUCAUGGAUGCCAGGCUUCACACACCCAUGUACUUCUUUCUAGGGAAGCUGUCUUUCUUGGACCUCUGCUUUACAACAAGCAUUGUCCCCCAGCUGCUCUGGAACCUUUGGGGCCCAGAGAAGACCAUCACCUACCAUGGCUGUGUGGCCCAACUCUACAUCUACAUGGUGUUGGGCUCAACUGAGUGUGUCCUUCUGGCUGUCAUGUCCUAUGAUCGCUAUGUGGCCAUCUGCCGGCCCUUGCACUACACCGUGGUCAUGCACCCACGUCUCUGUCUGCAGCUGGUGACUGUGGCCUGGUGCUGUGGCUUUCUAAACUCCUUUGUCAUGUGUCCACAAACGAUGCAACUCUCCCGGUGUGGGCGUCGCAGGGUGGACCACUUUCUGUGUGAGAUGCCUGCUCUCAUUGCUAUGUCCUGUGAAGACACCAUGCUAGUGGAAGCAUUUGCCUUUGUCCUGGGGGUUGCCCUUCUCCUGGUGCCCCUCUCCCUGAUCCUCAUCUCCUAUGGCAUGAUCUCUGCUGCUGUGCUGAGGAUCAAGUCAGCAGCAGGGCGCAAGAAGGCCUUCAACACCUGCUCAUCUCACCUGACGGUGGUCUCCCUCUUCUACGGGACCAUCAUCUACAUGUACCUGCAGCCGGCCAACAGCUACUCCCGAGAUCAGGGCAAGUUCCUUACCCUCUUCUACACUGUUGUCACUCCCAGUGUCAACCCCCUCCUCUAUACUCUGAGGAACAAGAAUGUGAAGGGGGCGAUGAAGAAGCUCCUGGGGUGGGAGAAAGAGGCUAGGGAAGCCUGA